AUGGCCGAAGAGCCAGAGACUUGCGAUCUAUGCGCUUCCACAGGGCCGCCAGCCAAACCCUCCUCCAUCGCAGCCGACUCUGCCGAUGAUCUCGAAUGGAUUGCUUGCUCCAAGUGCGACAAAUGGCUCCAUUCCGUAUGCGUCGCCAAGUCCCCAAGGCACUUCGAGCUCACGAUACCAUCAGAGCUGAGGGAGCAGAUGCUAGCUAUGGGAGAUGCCGGUCCAUGGUACUGCCCGGAGUGCAUUGCCGCGUCAGCGGACGCGGCGGGGAAGAAGCCUCUCGCCACGACUCUGAAGCGACGCAAACGUCCUUCCGGUGCUGCGUCCCCAUCCAAACGAGCGCGAAUGUCGACGGAAGGUAGCCAAGCUUCAACCUCCACCGGCCAUGACGCCGCCGCGGCAGAAGGCCGCCCAAAACGCAAGGCAGCCCUCGAGCGUCCCGACUACUGGAACAUGCACCACCACAAUGCAACGCCGACCAAGGGCUGGAUCGAUCUGAUCAAAGACCCCAAGAAACAUGGUCGUGUUAUCAAGCCUGACAAUUUCCCUCGAGUGCCCGGAGAACUCCUGCGGCGUCCGUGGCUGGAUGGUGAGACGGUUAACGAACUGCCACCAACAUUGUUCUACGGCCCAACGCGUGAGCCACUCGUGGUCCGCCCCGAGAAUGGUGGUCUUUCUUCCAUGGGCGGGAACGUUCCCGGCCCGAGCCUGACCGUCGACGAUGUCUCGCGCCUGGUCGACGUCAAUACGCAACAGUCCUCACAGUGGCCCCUACACAAGUGGGCGGACUAUAUCCGCGCGCGGCAAGCCGGCGAACCAGGUUCAAGCAAGGUGUACAACAUCAUCUCGCUCGAGAUCUCGGAGACCGAGCUCGCCAAGCAGGUGCGGCCGCCCAGCAUCGUCAGCGACAUCGACUGGGUGGAGAAUUACUGGCCGUUCCCGGGAGGGAAGGAGGAGGCGAUGCGGGCUGCCAAUUCGACCCAGAAUGGACACGACCUUAAAGGCAAGGCGAAGAGCGAAUGGCCUAAGAUGGGCACAAAAGACUCGUGGACGGACUGGCACGUCGACUUUGCCGCCAGCUCGGUGUACUACCACAUCCACACGGGCUCAAAAGUAAGCUUCGCUGUGGCUCGUGUAGCUGACUGCAGGUGUUCUUCUUCAUCCGACCGACUGAGGCCAACCUCGCUGCUUAUGCACAGUGUGAGUGUUACACCCCAAGUUGAAACUGACAGCGUAGGGUCUGGGUCUCACGAACUCCAGUCUACGACCUGGCUGCCUGAUCUCUGCGACGAGCUAACCUUCAGGAUCAUCCCCGCCGGCUACAUUCACGCUGUCUUUACUCCAGUAGAUUCAAUAGUCUUCGGCGGCAACUUUGUGCACAGCUACGACAUACCCACUCAGCUCCGCCUCCGCCAAAUCGAGAUCGACACAAAGGUACCGCAACGUUUCCGUUUCCCUUACUUCGACACCCUAUGCUGGCACGUCGCGACGCGGCACGUCGAAAACUUGCGCGCGGCGCGGCGGUACAGACCCACAGCAGCCAACGGCAAGGCUGCCGCGAAGGUGCCGAGCGAACACGUCCUGCGCGGCCUGAGGGUACUCGCGCAGUUCCUCAUUGACCAAGUGAAGCGGAUGGGAAACGAGGAGACGGAGGAGAAGAUUCGCAAGAUGAUCCACGGCCGCAUCCCUCCUGACAUUCCCGAGCCGCUCAGUCUUGCGCACGAGCUGAAGUGGAGAGUUGAGGAUGAACUCCCUGACCUUAGCGAGGAUAUGGACGAGGUGCAAAUCUAUGGCCGGAAGAAGGGCAAGACCCAGCCAAAGGCGAGGACGGGCGAAGGGCUCAAGCUCCUCAAGUCUUUGGAUAGCAAUGCCCAGGUCGUCAGCGCCCCGUUGGGAGGUGUUGAGGCCCGUGCUGAGAGGCUGACCGGGACGCACAAGCUGACCAAGGGCCGGACGUUCCUGAACGAGCUGGGUCAGACUGUGCGCGAGGAGCGCGAGGUGCUCAUCACCGAGCGACGGUUUGUGUGGAACCAGCCUGAGGUAAUGAAGGAGCCUACGAACGGGGCGCAGGUGAAGGAGGAGUAA